AUGACUCAAUCUCGGCGCACCAGCAUACAAUCGCCAUGUGCGAUUGAUGACGAGGGAAAUUCAAAACGGAGGAUACCAGCAUGGAUUUCGGAGACCAGCCAUGUUUCUCGAAGGUCUCAGAGAUGCAAGGCAUGUCGGCCUGGAAACUGUACACGUUCCUCUGUUGAUAAUGCUGUAUUCUAUACUCGGUUUGAGCCACAGCGAUGGUCUUUCUUUCUAGGGAUUUUUACUUUCUUGGUUCUGAAUGGCGCGGCACAACCAACAUUGGGGGACGGCCUGAACUGUGCGGGUGGAGGGGCGUCGAAUGCUUGGAGAUUACCUUUCCCUCAGUACUCAGGUGUCCUGGGAGGUACCACGGUCACAGUCGAAGGGUGCGGGUUCGUAGUCGGGUCUGUCUAUGUUGUAGAUUUCUCAAAACCCUACAGCGAAUAUGGCUCCGGUCAUAAUUUCUCAAUCGCCAAUGUCACGGAAAGCCACAAGCUGUAUGUUGUCAGCCCCGCAACGUCUUCUGGAGAGGGAGCAGUAUUGAUUACCAUCACAAGGCAAGGUGGUGGCGCACUUCCGAUGGAUGCCACUUCACAGUCUUUCCAAUACAUGUCUAUUGUAAAUAGGAUAACAGGCUCCGUCCCUAAGAUGAUAUAUCCGCCGUCAGACUAUGAGGGCUCGAAAACGACACAGGAGGAAGUCGUUGAAUGCCAGAAUGAGACAGGCUUGGUUCAGUGCGUUUCUCCCGUGGGGGGAGGGGCUACUCUUGCAGUCCGUGGGGCCGGAUUCCUGCGGUCUUACGGCGACCAGAAGUUUUACAAGUUGAAGUUUUGGGACCAGAGCAAUCAGACUUACAUCUAUUCAAAUCCGUGUCUCUUCGUUGACUCUACGUACCUGUCAUGCCCGAUCCCGCGAUGGGAUUGGGCACCAGCUGCUGUGAGUUUGAAACUUUGGAGCAAGGACGGAGCAAGUAUGCACGAGUCGUCCUUUCAGCUUUUCUUCACCUCUGAGAUCUCCCACGUGUCGCCAUUGACCUUCAAUGAUAAGAGUAUCCUUGAAAUCUUUGGUGCUGGCUUCUCUGCUGAAAAUAGCUAUUAUUGCUCCCUUUGGCGGUCGAAUUCCACGGGUUACUCAUGGCUCCCAGAAGAAAGACUGUAUAUCAAAGCCAUGAUCAAGAACAGUACUUACGCUACAUGUAAUGUCUCUCAAGUUUCGAUGAUGAGCGGUUGGAUGCCAACCGUCAGUCUGUAUAGCUUUCUCAAUCACUCGCUCACUCGGGAUACUUUCUUCUCUGAGUCUCACAAGAGAAUCGCCGGAUGGGGAGCACUUUACCCGAACAAAGAUCCCAUCAGCAUUGGCAUGAUAGUAUUGCGAACCAACAUGACUGAUAGUCCGAUCAAGCGUGAUUCGCUUCGGAUUGACAACGAGCAGUACUUUCCCUUGUGGUCCAGCUACAACCGGACGAUUCCUUCGAUCACGCAUGAGUUCAGUCGUGGUUCUUGGUAUUCCGUGAAUAUAACUCAAGCUCCGGCAUUUGGUGGAACUCCGAUCGAGCUGUACACCAGGGGAGUCAAUCCUGGUCUUGUGGGCGAGUACAACCUGUCGUUGACUACGUCAGUCAAUCAGACCUUGCGUCAAAUCCUGCCUAUGGCAUGGAAUGGGGAUACAAGUUUGCCAGGAUCGAUGUUUGAAGUCUUUGCCAAGAGAAAUUCUACUCUGGUGGCACUGAGACUAGAAAGAGUCGAAAGAGUUGAUGACGGCAUCUAUGUUUCAAUUGCACGAGGAAAUUUCCUGGGAACAGGAAAGGAGCAAUCGUUGGACAAUUUUGUCUGGGAUUCAAGGACAUGCGUAUACGAAGACCCCACAAUGUGUCGGUUCUCUGAGCCUUAUUCUUUUACUGCUGGCGGGACGUACACCAUCUUGGUAGUUGACUCGAAGGGGAUCAAGUAUUUCCUGCAGGAAGACGUGCAAGCACCGGGGUCGACUUGCUGCGCGUCAUACGCGCAGAACAAGAUGGAUUGUUGCUCCAACGGAUGCGGAGCUUCCAGAUGUGAGAACGCAUCUGUCUUCUCUGAUGGCUUCCUUGCCGUCAGACCUGGUGUGGUCUUGUCCAUCGGCUCCUUCACCACGAAUAGUCCUCAGGUGGUUCAAGUGUGGGGAGAUAAGUCCUCUCCAAGAUUCUUUGCCGGCACUUUGGUGUACGACCACGAGGAGUAUGGUGACGCCUAUCGUUGCAAAUUCUCCUUGACCUCCAAGGAUGGGAGGUACUUGCAGAGUGUCAGUGGGUUUUCCAAACCAUCCUUCGUCUCCCCUGAUCUCUUGAGCGUCUCGCCGAAGGUGGUGUGCAGCAUUCCCAGCUGGAACGACAGCGCAAGUUACCCCGUCUGCGAUGGGCGAAGUGAGAACAACGCCUGGUGCACGAUGCAAAGGAUCCACUCCAACUGCGCUGGGACGUGCAAGGGAGGGACUUACUACCAGCGAACAGGCACUUGCAAUGGCUACUGCACCUGUGGGUACAGGGGAAACAUCAGUUAUCCGAUAUGCAACGGUGGCCGGGGAACAUGCUUCUGCGAAGCGCCGAAUACCGGUCAUGCUUGUUUUGAGCACAGUGAUUGUACAGGGGGCGGCACGUGCGAGAGUGUGGGAAGUUGCCAGGUACAGAUGACGCUUUCGCUUGAGAACGAGCAUCUGGAGACGAUCCCUUAUGUUCCUGCUGACAAGGAAGAGUCGUUUCGCUUUCGGAUCUAUCCGACUUGGUAUGAAAAGAAUGUCACGGAGGUGCUUGCCGACGGCAGCGCCUGGUUCGAGGUGGAAGGAUACGGUUUCGAUCAAACUUCGGAGCUCUUCUCGUGCAAGCUCACCCGGAUAGCUGAAUCAUCGGUCAACCUCUCUCUCAGUGCAUCUGCUCCCUCACCGAACAGGCUCAUCUGCCACAUGUCUCCUCUCCUUGUCGAAUCUACCAGGUCUGGCAACUACACGUUGUCAGAGCAGCUUGUCCUGCAAGUUUUGUGGAACAACGAGAUUGUUCCCUUCGUCAACCCGGAGUGUGGGAUUCUCCUGCCCUCUGAGUUCACUUCGUGUACAUCUCCAUCUCUCAUCGUGUCCGAAGUCUGGAAUUCUUUCUCCUUGCCUCUCAACAAACCUUUUUUUCCGACUAACAUCUCCAUCUUUGGGUAUGGGUUCUCGCCCUACCAAGCGCAGUACGCCUGCAAGUUCACAUCUGCAACUUGGAAUGAAACCACGACGGCGUUCGUCCCAAGUUUCAAUGAGAUCCUUUGCCAGCUCCCCGCAGGGCUGGACUGCAACAUCCUGGUGGACGUGACUGUCCUCCGUGACUUGGUUGCAAUCAACUUUCAUGGGGACGAGAGAAGUUUCUGUCUUCAGAGCUCAUGGCACAACCUCAACUCGAGCCAAGGCGAAGCGUUUGGGGAGGAGCACGUCAUGUUGAUCUUGAAUGGAAUCGCAGCAGAUUGCAACACGAGCUAUGAAUGUGUCUUCGACAUCUACGGUCAGGACACCAAGGUGACGUCAUCGUCGGAGUCUUACUCACACUGUAACAACGGGGCGUGUGAGGUUUAUUGCAGAACUCCAAACCUUUACAACCAAAGCUUGAUUGGGACCUUUACCCCGACUGACUUCAGGCAAGGGGUUGUCACGCGUGUGAAAGUCCACCAGACAUCUCAGGGCUGUGAAGGUCAGAGCUUGUGCAGCUUCAACGCGAGUCAAGACAUCAGCUUCAUCGGGCCUGCUGGUCAAGACUUGUACUACUUCUUCACAACAUGGAUCGAGGCGACUUCUCAUGCGAGUGCGGCAGGCGGAAGCUUGCUCACGGUCACAGGGUUCGGUUUCAUGCCGCAAGAGGCAUAUAGGUGCCAGUUCUUGGGGCAGGCAGGGAAGCAGUGGUCACCCGUUGCCCAAGUCUCUGCUGACAGUCUGCUGUGCGAAGUCCCAGCAUGGGGAGUGGAGUAUCACGCGGAGCGUGUGAACCUCAGCGUGUACUGGGUCAACCAAUCUUGCUCGGACUCUGCCAGCCAGUCGAGUGCCUGCACGUACGCCAUCAAACGUCGAGGCAUGGUUUAUGGGUCUUAUCAAGACUUUCAAUUCCUCCCUCAUUGGCUCUCUGUCAGCCCCCAGAUCGUCCCAUGGAAUGAAUCAUACACUGUUUCCAUCGUUGGACGAGGCUUCUCUGCAGAGCAGGAGAUCCAGUGUGUGUUUGACAACACAAACCUGCCUCCGUCUCCCUCCACCUUCGUGAACGCUUCUCUCAUCCUCUGUCAAACGCCCAAUCUCCCUCCAGCUUCUGUCAACCUCUACAACCUCCGCCUCCUAUCCAACGCCACAGACAUCCUUGGAAUCCCUUCAGCACCUAUCAAUUUCAUCCAAUUCGCUGUCAAAGACUCAAUCGAUUUCUUGUCUGGCUACUUCAUCCUUGCCAUCCCUAAGUAUCAAGGCCUUGACGUCACCUUUGAAGGAGCCUUUCGCAGCGUCCAGUCAAAAGUUGCUCUCAGCCUCGUCGAAUCUUGCGAUGGUUGGUUUGCCUGGGAGGCUGACCUGACCACUUCGGUGGUUGCCUACGUCAUGAAUGACUUUGCUGGGCCCGACCAGCUCGUCUACGUCUGCUACUCUACCAGCUCGUCGUACGUGCUCCAAAAAAAGGUCAAAGUGCUCUCGCAGCCGCCAGCCACCAACUCCUCCAUCACCAGCAUCGUCCCUUCAAGGUUCGGUACGUCCAACGCCACCAUCAUGCUGUACGGAGCGCGCUACUCAAGUUUGACCUUUGUCGCCUUCACGAACACGUCCUCCUGCAGCUUUCAAAGCUACACCCUCGUGAUGCCGUUGGAUACGGAGCAGGAAGUGCCUGCCGUGCGGGUCGAGCUCCCUCAGGGGAUGUACCACGUCUGCUACAGCACUAACGGCUCUGACGCCUCUUCCAUGUGGAUCCUCCAGUCUGUUCAGAUCGACGUGGUAGGCAACUCACAGAUUCUGACCGCAGUCUUCCCUUCCAAGGUCCCGGCCCGAUAUGCGAUCAAUCUCACCUUGCCCAACAAUAUCUUUCCUCCCUUGCCAGGAGAUUACUUCCUCACGAUGACCUUGCAAGGUGGCAGUCAGACUAACGCUUCCUUCCCGAUUUACGGGAACCGAGUCGAGAUGGUCUUGGACGCUGUCGGUCUCUAUGACAUCUUGAUCCAGACAAACGGAGGGGACAGCGCGAAGUUGCUGCAGCAGAACGUCCUCCUUGAGAUCUUCUCUCCCGCAAGCAACAGCAGCAUCUUCACUAUCAGCGAGCGGAUCAUCAUCUCAAGUCAGAUUGCCCUCUUGAACUUCUCAGGCUACUUUCCUUCAGUCUUCAGCGUUUUGGCGAUCUCUACCUCGGACUGCGAGCCUGGCUCCCUCGCUUUCUCGCGCAGCGGCAACUCGACCGCGCUCUUCGAAGUUUUUAUCCCUCCUGAAAUCUCUCCGGGUGUUUUGUCAGUGUGUUACAGCACCAGCAGCGGUCAGUCGUUUGAGAAGCAGCCAGUCACUCUCACGGUGAUCGCACAGGCCUCGUCGGCUAGCGUGCAGUCAGUGACCCCGGGAAGGAUCCCGUCGCUGAUCUCCUUCCCCCUCCACAUCGAGCCAAGGAACCUGUUCUCCUCCUACUCUGGCCUCUUGUUCCUGCACCAGAGCUGCAGCAUGAACAUCUCGUGCCCUUCCAGGAUCUUUCUCAACUUCUUUACCAACAACCUUUACGUCAACCUCACGAUGCCUGGCCUUUGGUAUCUCUUCUACUCUACAGACUCGCCUGGCGGUUCUUUCAUAAGGCAGAGCUCAAUCGUCAUAGAGGCAAUCUACCAGGCCAGCCAUCACUCGAUUCUAUCCAUCUCUCCGCACAGGAUCUCACAGGAACUCAGUCCCACCUUCACCCUCCUGCCCUUGCUAACCGGGGCUACCCUGCAUGCAGACAACUACACAUACCUUGGCUUCUCUACCGACGUCAAUUGCCACGACCCGGAGGUGAAAGUCCAGUUUGACACCCCCACUGUCACAUUCUCUAUCGCCAGUGUCGGCAACUAUACCGUCUGCUACUCUACUCUCGGCACCGAUCCAGGGUCGUUCCUUUCCCUGCAAGACGUCUACCUCUACGUGUUCCCACAAGCGAAUGAAAGCACUCUGACACAAGUUUUCCCUGACCGUAUCACGAUCAGCAACGUGGUGGCCAUGACGUUUACUGGGGCGAUCUUCUCUCCUUUCACUCGUGUUGCUUUCGCAGAGGCAAACACCAACUGCUCUCAAGCAUCGAAUGCUGAGUUCCUUCUCCAAGGGUCUGACGGCGCCGUUCCUUACUCCGACGCCACUUUCGAGCCUUUCACAACACCUGGGCUGUACGGAAUCUGCUACUCAGUCUCUUACUUCGAUCAGAGCUCUCAGUCGUUCCUUCAGAACCAGGUCAGCCUCAAGGUCAUCGAUGCCUUUCGACCCGGUGACGUCAGCAACGUGCAAGUUUGCCAUUGCCACCCUUCCGCUGAGCAGAGCGCAUGCCAGCGCGGCGAGGCAAGCUCUAUCUGCAUCCAAGGUGAAGAGGACCCGCUAGACGGGAGCUACCGCCUGAGGCUGCCCGCGGACGUGCACUACUACUUCAAGUUCGUAGGAGUCGACUUCUCCUACAACUCUCGCGUCGCUUUCUCGACUCACAUUCACCCAUGGCUGGGAAGGCCCGACUGCGCUGAUGGGAGGACCUUCACCCAGGUCCUGGACCAAGGGCAGGGAAAUCAGUCCUUUGCGAUCAAUUCCUCCCUCCCCAGCGUCGGAGAGUACUUCACUUGUGUCAGCACGCAGAACGGAGAGGAUGGGACCUGGCUUCCUGGGCCUCAGGCUCUGCCGUCCAGUCGAUAUUACGUGUUUCUUGACACGUUUGACAAGGCCAACUCGGCGUCCCUCACCGCCUGCCAGCCCUCCAGCUGGGAGAACGGGCAGGUUAUCAACAUCUCGUGUCAAGGAGUUGUCGAGUCAAAGUUCGCCGUCCUCAAGCUCGCAGACCCUGAGCAUUGUGGGCUUCCUGACUUCUCUGACGUCGGGCAAUUCAACCAGGAAGGCUUUUCCCUGACAGUCCCUGCCUGGCCCGCUGGCGUGAACGCACAGCAGACUGAAAGGCAACUUGUCCUCUGCUACUCGUUCCUGGGUCAAGACCGCUUCUUCGAGCAGUCUGACUUCGCCUUCUACUCCUUGAGAGCUGCGGCCCCCCAGUCGAUCGAAGAGAUGAUACUGUUGCGGUUCGGCAUCAACUCGACAGAGCACGACAUCCUCCUCUUCCCUCUGGGCCUCAACAUGUCCGUUGAGCUCUACGGCCAGCAGUUCAACUCCAAGGGGAACGUGGCUGUCUGCAAGAUCGUCAUGAACGAUCGAUGCGACCAAUGUACUGACUUGACCUCCGUCUUUGGCUCCUCCCUGGAGACCUUCCGGCAGGAUUAUGUCGCAAUCUUUGACACAGCCAAGAACUACUCGCUCUGUUACAGCACUUACAAGGUCCACGGGGAGCAUGUAUGGGUGCCUCAACGCUUCAACUUGGAGGUUCUCGCCCCCACUCAGCCUGACUCUAUCACCAGCGUCGAGUGCUCAGGCGACUACUGCCUGACUAACACAUCCUUCAGCGCUGCAAGGCAAGUUGAGCUCUACUUUAAGCAAGCCUCCCCUUCUCCCUUCACUCGCAUAGCCUUCACUCGGAGCGACUGCGUGUCUCGAGUCUCGGAGAGCCUCGUCGACUCCUCCCGGUCCAUCACGACUCAGCUCAUGUAUCCCGGGCAGUACCGCCUCUGUUACACGACCUCCUACACUCCUGAAGACUUUGACGGCUGGGCACUGCAGGAGAAUUUGACCUUGACUGUGUGGCCGAUCUGGGACGAGAUUUUAACGCCCGCUCAGCCCAUCUUCAGCUAUCAAGGAGGUACGAUCUCCGUCUUUGGGACUGGAUUCAGCAAUAUGGACAGCUACACGUGCGGGAUCCUCUACGGGUCACAAGAGUCAAGCUCCCUCGCCACCGUCGUCUCCUACUCCACGUUGACUUGCCCUGUCCCAACGUGGACUGAAGCAGCAGCUAAUACAACCCUUGUCGUCUACUGGAACUCGUUGCCUAUCCAGAGCAGCGCGACCGAAAUCGUCAAGAUCUUCUUGAUCCCUCGGGCCCGGGCCUCGUUCCCGGCCUACGGCGACAAGCUCGGAGGUACUGUCCUCACUAUCGUAGGGAACGGCUUUGGGGGCCCAAUGACGUGGACGAACAACGCGGGAUGCGGCGAGUGGAGGUACAGGUGUAGGUUUCACUCCACUGGAAGUUUUGACCAUACGGUGAACGCGGACUCGUCCACCUCCGAGCUAGUCACCUGCACCUCUCCAACCUGGUCAACUUCACUGUGGGGGAGCUACAGGGAGGACCUGGAGGGGACGGCAAGGGUGGAUGUCCUCUCCUACUGCGUCGGGAUGGAGAACAUGACUUAUGUUGUGGACACAGUGCAGGAUCUGAUCUUCGUCUUCCGCAAGAUUAACAAGGCUCCUUACUUCGUGGGGCAGAACAAGAUAUUCCCUGAGAACACCACGGAGUUUGUCAUCAAGAACUGGACGGGAGUGCUGUACAAGGGAAGGACCCAGGACAACUCCUUCGCAGUGGAUGAAAUUGACCAGAGGCUGACGUUUGUGGUGACUGUGCUUGCCCCAAUCUUCUUCAAGACCGUCCCUGGGAUUAGGAUCAGCGACACUGGGGACCUCUCCUUCGAGCCCAACCAGCUCGUCUUCGGCCGCGCAUACUUUGACGUCCAGCUCUUUGAUGACGGAGGAACUGCCUGGGGAGGAAACGAUCGUUCGCAGGUCAAACGGUUUUACCUCCUCUGGGGGAAUGCGGACUCUCAGCCAGCCAUGCAAGAGCAGGACGUGGUCGAGGUUGACGAGAACGUCGUCGUCGGCCAGUCUCAGACUUUCCUCUACUUCGCUGACCCACGGGCCUCUCCCACUCUGCCCCCGACGUCACCGCCGACCUAUGGCGACCAGCGGAUCAUUACGGAUGGCUCGUUCGAGGUGAUGCCGAAGAGCGAGGAAGGGAAGAUCUGCUUCAGGCAGCAGCCCGUGAUCGAUGUCGAUGGUUCCCUGUCCUUCGUGCUGAGGGAGGGGAUGCACGGAAAAGUCUCAAUGAUGUUCCGGCUGGUCACCAGCUCGUUCAAGACCCCCUGGUCUUACUUCGACAUCCUGAUCAACCCGAUCAACCAGCCUCCUUCAUUCUCCCUGGCCCAGCAGACCGUCCAGGUGCUGGAGGACGCUCCAAGGUAUCGCGUGCAUCAGUUCGCAGGGAACAUCAAGAAGGGCCUGUUCUCGGACUCCAUGUUCGCAAACAACUCCAACUACACCAACUUCCCUUGCAGCAGUAGUGAGGACAGUCAGUUAGUCACCUUCCAUGUGACCUACCUGUCCGGGAACCAGAACCUCCUGUCUGCGUUGUCCAUCCUCUCAGAUGGAACCCUCGACCUCCUCCUCGCUCCGAAUCAGAACGGCAACUUGACUCUGAGCACAACCUUGGAGGACGACGGAGGAGUAGUGAGGCAGGGAGAUCAGGCUACCUCCACUCCUCAUGUCUGGCGGCUCGAGGUGGUUGCUGUGAAUGACCCUCCUUCGUUCGACUUCACUUUGCAGCCUCUGGUGAUCGUUGAGGAGAAGUUUUACAACAGAAGGAGCGAGCUUUCGUUCUUCAAGAACCUCCGUUGGGCUCAGUUCGGCGGGAGUUUGGUGGGUCCACGGGACGAGGCCAACCAGUCUCUCUCCUUCCACUUCCACGUCAGCCCGGAGAACUCGACUUUGUUCGAGGACCUUCAAGGGUUUGCCAACGGUACCUUCUACUUCGUGAUCCGCCCGUACGCCUACGGCAACAGCACGGUAGAAGUCACGGGAUGCGACAACGGGGACAAGAACGCGACUUGCUACACGGCAGGACACAGGCUGACCUUUGUUGUGAUCCCCGUCAACUCUGCGCCAUCCGUCGGUCUGCCGAGCGACGUCUGGCUGUGGGUCAACCCCUACGACACCCGGGAGUCAGGCAUGAUGCUGCAGGAGUGGUGCUGCUCUCCCUGCCCCUCCCUUGACCUCUCCUGCAACUUGAACACGGGUUGCUGCAGCCCUUGGACUUCCUGCGGAGGCCUCAGGAUCCUUCCUGCUGUUGCCAACUUCUCUGCUGGGCCUUACGAGGCCUUCCAGCAUGUCAGCUUCUCAGUGACUGCGGGUGAAGGCAGCGAUGUUGACUUGAAGAUCGGAGAGAACGGGAACAUCACGCUGGUUGUACCCCCGAUGUUCUCCGGGAACUCUUCGUUUGUCAUCCUCACCACUGACGACGGGGGAGGAGGAGUGAUCGAUGGGCACCAGGCUGAAAACUCGUCCACCCAUCUGUUGACAGUGAAUGUCAUGCAAGGGUUCCUGCGCAUCGCGUUCCAGUUCGACUUGUUCAGUGACGGUCAGCAGACCACGUCAACAGAUGAGGUGGUCUCGGGCGUGAGAACAAUGAUUGCGGGGCAGACUCAGACUGAUUGGCUGCCGAUCGUUCUUCUGUCGUGCAACUCGUCUGAUGAGCAAGUCGCUACGAUGGAGUUUGCAGUCAUCGCCUACCAACUUUCGUCAUUGAUGGACAUCAACAGCAGAGCCAAGUCUCUCUUCAACUCGAACAUCAGCUAUGAUUCUUUAAUGCUCGAUCAGAACAUGGAGAGCUGGCCGGAUCAGUUCGAGGCUGACGCCUUCGGCUGCAACUGCCCCGACAGCAUCGCGAGGGUCAACCUGGGCUCCAUUUCUCUCCUUUACUCCUUGAUGGAGACGAGGAGCCUGACCGAGAUAGUCCAGCAACCCCCAGACUUUGACAUCUUGACCAUCAUCGUUGUCAACGAGAGCAGUAGAGUCUCGGUCCCGAUCAUCUCCAACAUCCGCGUUGACAGCGGGCUCUUGAUGGAAGACGGCAGUCAGUACGUGAAGUUUGUCGUUGCCCCUUCUCGAUUCCGAUCGCCGGCGUCUGUAUUUCUCUGGAGUCCCUCCAACGGUACCUUCGGAGAUUUCUUCCGCAACCCACCGACUGUCAAGGCCUCCUGCUCCCCCUACUGCCUCUCAGCUGAAAUCGAGCUGGACACUUCCUUCAUCCACGGAGUCGUCGAGCUCUCGGUCACCUUGUUCUCGAGGAGGACUCAGUUGUACACCACCAAGUCGAUCCUGGUCGCCAUCCAGCCUGUCGCACACCCGCCGAGCGUCCGGCCAAGAUAUGCCAACAACCUGACCAUCCUCGAAGACAACGGAACCUGCGUGUACGACUCCUGUACCUUACACACCUGGCAGUUCAGGCUGUUUGAGGUCUUUGAGGACAAGGACGAGUGGUUCCGAGGAGGCGACACGCUGCAUGUGCUAAGCAGCGACCCUGAGCAGGUGGAGGUCCGCACGGUCUACUCUGACUUCGUGUACCUGGAGAUUCGGCCAGGGCUGCACGUGCAUGGAGUCUUCAACCUGACAGCUGUGGACUCGACCGGCCUGUCGACCUCACCUCCUCUACGGCUUAUAGUCCAGCAUGUCAACCAUCCUCCCUUCGUCCGCAACAACUCCAUCCUCAACUACACGCACUACGAAGACAUCCAGCCUCCCCCCCUCAACCUCAGUGACAUCUUCUACGACGUUGACUUGGAGGAUCAUCACGACCCGUACGCUCCACCAGACACGUUGACUUACUACGCGGUCAACAGCCGGCCAGACCUCAUGGAGAUUCAGAUCGUUGGGGACAAGCUCGUACAGUACCUCCUGCCAAACCAGCACGGGCUGAUUGAGGUGACUGUAACGGCAGUCGAUUCUAUGAAUGUUUCAGUUACAGCAACGUUGACCUUUGAUGUGGUGUCUAUCCCCGACGCUCCUUUUGUGAUGAACCUGCCGACUUUCGUCGCUGGCAUCACGAUCUAUGAGCAGCCUGCGACUGCCCAGGAGCUUCGCUUCAACAUCUCUUACAUGUUCGGAGACUUUGACGACUGUCGCACUAUGGCUAUCAAGAUUAAGUGUUUUCACAGCGUGCCAGUCGUCGAUUUCCUCACCAUCACCACGCAGACUAAUUGGACAUCUUGGUUUCAAGUUGCUAUCGAAGGAGAUGAGCUGCUGGUCAUGCCGCUUCCUUACAUGCACUCCUAUUCCGUCAGAGAGCUUCACUUUGACAUCAUAGCGCACGAUUUGUACAACCUGACAUGCCUCGUCUCAGUUCCGAUCUGGAUCGUACCAGUCAACAAUGUGCCUAUCCCUCUUAUCACACCCCUGGCGUUCAUUGAAGGGCAAGCUCCGGUCAAGUACCUGGUCGGAACCCUCAACGACUUUCCCAGCACAAGUUUCAACCUGUCAACCGAUGCGGCUUCCUUAGGGACCAUCGCGUUCGUCGACUUCGAUGCUAUCACCAACCUGUACAGUGACAGCCUUCGUUUCUCCUUGUUCACAGAUCAGCCCAGCAUGCUCAACGUCUCCCUCCGCGCCUACGUCAACGGUACUGACAGCCCCUGCGCGUUCCCCUUCGAGCACAACGGGCAGAUGUACGAGAACUGCACCAACAUCGAGUCGAUCUACCAGGGUCACGUCUCAGUCUGCAAGGACCAGCAGGGAGACUGGGGUGUGUGCAGGCACAUGUUGUCGAUAGAUUUCGUGCCAGGGCAGUUCGGCCGGGCAGAGAUUUUCAUCACGGCAACGGAUUCAUACGGAGGGAGGGUAGAGGCUUCGAUUCCUGUGAACGUGUCGAUGAUCAACACUCCAGUGAACUUCUCGAUGCCUUCAGAGCUGAACGUCGUGACCAUCACCUCCUCUGAACUUGUGCAGCUGACGACCAAGUCGUCAUUCGUUCAUAUCCAUUCCAUGGGCUCUAGGUCGCCCCUCCCCAAGUCGGAGGAUGAAUGCUUCAGGCCGCCAGUGCUGACCACUGACUGCCAUAGCAACUCCUCCCCAGGCCAGGUCUACACCUUCCACGUCCAAGUGGCAAACAGGGGCUUGUUUGAUAUCCUUCCAAUCGUGACAGUCCAGGGAGAUCUUGUCUUCAAGCUCAAGAUUGGCGUCCAGGGAUCGACGGUCUUGCAGGUUUCUGCGGUGGACAACGGAGGAUACUCAAACGGAGGAGUCAACACGUCAGUGAAGGAGCUGUCCCUGAACGUGAUCGAAGUCAACGAGCCCCCCUUCUUCAAGAUCAACCCAACGCUUCAGGCCCUCGAGCGAGUCUCCCAGGACCAGACCCUCUACCAGUAUGAAGGCUUCGCCUACAACAUCGACCCAGGCGCUGGGCUGAUCGAGGCAUGGCAGAAGCUUACCUUCCAUGUCGAGCUUCAGACUGAGGCUCCUGGAAUCUUCGAACUUGCUCCUACAGUCUCCCCGAACGGAACCCUCAGCUUCCUCCCCAAGAUCUACAGGCACGGCACCUUUCUGUUCCGGGUCUACCUGGAGGAUGACGGGGGCGGGAGGAACAGAUCCAUCGUGAACGAGUUCAUCCUAGAUCUGCUGCAAGUGAACAAUCCCCCUACGUUCUGCAUCCCCGACACCCUGACGUUGGUAGCGGAGGAAGAGUUCGUCAGUCCCCAAUUCGUCACCAGCAUCUCUACCGGAGGGCUGGACGACUGCGUCGACAGCUGCAACUGCUCGGCAGGUCCGUUCGGUCAGGAGAGGACGCAGAAUCUCUCCUUCGUCAUCGGGUACAGCGCAGACCAGCUGGAGCCCUGUUCUCAAUUCGAGGCGAACAACAACAUGAGCCUGUUCAAGGUUUACACCGACGGCACAGUUGCGAUCCGAGCGAUCAACUAUGGACAAGUGAACGUGUCGAUCACUUUGGUUGACGAUGGUGGAGUCGCCAACGGCGGUGUCAACCACACCACCAAAGAGAUCCAGGUCUUCGUGAAGAACAAGAACAAGCAUCCCUCCUUCACGCUCGCCUCUGACUCGAGGAUAGUCGUCAACGCAGGCAGCUCAGGAUUUGUUGUGUUUGCGGAGAACGUCAGCUCGGGUUACUGCGAGGAGUUUGCUCAGCCCGUGACCUUCUCGCUCGAGGUGGUUGAUUUCUGCCUUGCGAGCAUCCGGUCGUCGAACUCAACGGUUCUCGACUUCGAAGAGACUCUCUCCGAAUGCUCCCAGCGUCAUGCGGCCACUCGGGCUGUUGAAAUCUUCGGAUGUCCUUCCAGCAACGUCUCCUCUCUCAACUCGACGCUCGAGUCAAUCUUCACUGACGGCGAGUGGCCGACCCUCUACCCCAACGGCACGAUGCAGCUCAGUCUACAGCAAGGGAGGUUCGGCAUAUACGUGCUCCGUGUGAUCCUGAGCGACGGCGAGCUGUGCUACUCGAGGCAGUUGGAGUUUGUAGUCCAACCAGUUAACGUCGCGCCAUCCAUGGAAAUGCCGGAAUUCUUCAACACGACCGAGCACCCAUCAAUUGGGUCUACGGUGGACCAGCCUUGGGUCCACGUCAUCAGGAACGUGCGGGCCGGGGUGUGGGAGGACUAUCAAAAGAUCCGGUUCACCAUCCGCGGUCUGGGAGUGACACCCCUCGUACAGUGCGCCAAGAUGUUCUGCAACGACACGCAAGAUCGCUCGUACGACCCGGCCUGUUCAUACCCUCAAGACGGCUCUGCCCUCGUCGUCUGGUCUGGACAGUUUGAACCCUGCGCUUCCCACGUUGCGGAACUCGUGAUCUGGCCGUUCCCGUACUUCUAUGGGGUCCAGGUGCUGGAAGUCACUUUAGAGGACGACGGUCCUCUCGAGACAAUGCCUACCUCCUUCGUCGGAAACCUCGAGGAAAUUGCUCCAGCCAACAUCUUGCAUCAAAACGUGACGAUUGAGAUCGGGGCUGUGAAUCAAGCGCCCAAGUUCGACCUGGCGUCGCAGGAUGUGUAUGCACUGCAGGAUUCGUCCUGCUUCAGUCUCCCUCCGUUCCAGAGUGAUCUUGCAAGAGCAAAGUGCAGGAGGAACGAAACAAGAACUUAUGUUCGGAUGGGGUUUGCUGUGAACAUCUCCAAAGGAGACCCUGUCGAAGAUCCGUUGCAGACUGUCACUUUCUACGUACAGACUUUGACGAGGAAUGGGCAGUUUCUGGAAGAAGAACCAUCCAUCUCUGCAGACGGAACUCUGUCCUUCAAACUGGCUCGAUCGCAGUUUGGAGUUGGAAACUUCACGGUCUUCAGCAUGGAUUCGUUCAAUGUGACAUCGCAGAUCAAAGUUUUCCGCAUCAUCGUGAUCGAUGUGAAUGACAGACCGUACUUCUACAUCUCGCCCGUUGUUUACGCGCUGGAAGGAUCCGACUUCAAUGCCAUCGUCUGUUCCGACAUAACCAGAGACUCGUCGGGGAUACCAGCGAGAGAUACGGAGAAGAUCCAGACUUUGACUUUCUUGGUUCACGCUUUCAGCCCGGAGUUCUUUUUAGUGGCGCCAGCGAUCAACACGAACGGCGCCAUGACAUUCAAACCCAGACAGUUUGCCUUCGGCUCGAUCAGGGUCAGCGUGCAGCUCAAGGACAACGGCGGCACCGCCAACAACGGCAAAGACACGUCUGUAGCUAGGAAUGUGACCCUAAUUGUGUUGCCUGUCAACGAGAAACCAACUUUCUCCCUUAGCUUCGGAGUCUACAUUUUGGAGUCUCCCAACUUGCGCACUGUGACAGGAUUUGCCAACAAUCUCACGGCUGGUCCACCCAACGAGAGAGGGAUAUGCAACGUGAUCCCUGGAGGGUGCGAGAGUCAGAGCUUUAAAUUCUUCACGAUCAACGUGUCGAAUCCAAACCUAUUCGUGAUCCUCCCUACCAUCCAAACAGACGGAACUCUGAUCUUUCAGACGUGUAAGUUCUGCACCGGCAUGACGACCUUUUGCGUUGGGGCAGAAGACUCUGGCUACAAGCCUCCCAUUGACCUGUCAGGUUGCAAGAUUUGCGAUGGGAGCUUGACGUCGAACGCGACCUGCUGCUAUCAGCAGGAAAUGAGCGUCGGCACGUAUGGCAGCAAUGCUUCCGACGCCAAGUGCGCGGAGAUAUAUGUCGAGCCAGCAGACGCGAGGCCGGGCUUCCGGCUCUCAUGGAACGUCACGUGCAACACUGUUGACAUCCAGUCUGCCAACUGCAUCUGCCCGCAGUACCCUUACAUCCCCAUGAAGUCGAACCUCUCCAUGAUGAUGGAUGGUUCCCUCGCCUUCCACAGUUCCAACGCCUCUGCCUGUACCAGCCUUGUCGGGCCCCGCGCUUCCGAGAACUUCGUGCAAGUGCGAGUGGUGGAGGAUGGCGGCCGGUACGCGAUUUCUUCGUUUGCGACCACAAUAGCAGCAGCGGAGGAUUAUGCGGAGCCAACGGACACAGUGAUCACAGCUCCUUCGAGCAGCAGCUUGCAAGAAGGGGACCUUCAGUUCAUGCAGAGUCUGCCUGACAACACGUUCUUGACUGCCGGGUUGGAGUUCGCGUCGAGUCGCACUAAGUCGGGGAGAGGUCACCAACGAAUCGAUGCGCUAACGCUGGACCGUGUCCGCUUCCUUGCCAACUCUCAAGUUGACACCGGAGAUCAGUCAACGGCUGGCAAUCCGAUCGAUGUCCUGCAUGACGUCUGUAGACUGGGAUCGUUCGACAGCUCAGUAACCGGAUCGUUCUACUCAGCUACAGGGUGCGAGCUCCUGUUCAACAGCGAGCUCUACUCCAACAACCUCACGUACGAGUCCCAAUCCGAUUGGGACUACGUGGUGGGCGACUGGGAGUUCAGCUCCCGGUCCAUGUACGUGAACAAGGCGCAGGGCCCGAUGAAGGUAAACAAGUUCGGCAAACAAGUGAAUCAGUCUGUCACCUGCGACAGCCGGGUGUGCCGGUACGAACGUGAAAGGAUAAUUAAUAGCGAUUGCGCCGAGAAGUAUCCUACCUGGAUCUCCCCAGCGACAAUUCGAGACAACUCAGAGCGAUUAGGAGCAGCGGUGCUCCUCGGCACCCUCGGCACCAACGGCCCUGCCUGCAAGGAUGCCACCAACGAGUUCGAUACAGUCAGGGAGCAGUCCUUGAGCAUUGAGAACUUCCUGAGUUCUGUCGACGACGUGGAGGCGCUUCUGUUUGACGCGAACGUUAACACGGGGCUUUUGAUCACCGACAACAUCGAUGACGUUGUGACCGGAGACCCUGCCACCUCGCAACUGCCGCUGGAGGAAUUCUAUGGAGAAGCUCUGUUCCAAGUGAACGCGUCCUUUAAGAUCGAGCAUGCUCUCUUCAGUGCUAUGCAAAGGAACAAGUGCAGCUGGACUCGGACCAGCAACUGUGGCUGUGAAAAGGGGGUCCGUAUGACCUGGCGCUUUGAAGGAUCAGGGGUAAUAAUUUUCUCUUUCGCUCUUGCUGUAGAGAAACCGGACGCAAAAAUCUCCCACUACCAGGGGUUCCAGUCGCUGGGCGUCUGGCCCGGGAUCGGAUACGUCACCUUCGUGGAGUGGACAUCGGAUGUUACCUUCAAGGAAGGCGAAUGGAUUCACUACGUGGCCACCUACGACGGAAAAUACUCGAGAAUUUACGUGAAUGGGGAGGAGAAGUUGAAGCAGUACAUGUGUACGGCUGUCUGCCCCGAUGAAAGCUGCUCUUGCGGAAAUAUCAUAUAUCCGGCGGCCUACCACACCUGCCCGGAUUUCUGCACCUGCCCAAAUGCUGAAUGCGAGAAGAAAAAGUGCCCCUGUGGGUCCAAUGGAAUUUUCAAAGGAUGCCUUGACAACAACGAUGUUGAUGGGAACACGCUUGUGGGGAUCGGAGUAUACAUAGAGAAGAAUCCUCCUUCCGUAGCAAAGCAUGCAGGAUUGCUGAAACAUCUCCGAAUCAUGAAGAAGGCCAUGCCAGCCGAUUACAUCAUGCAGAGAUACAUGAACUACUCGUACAUCUUCCCAUUGAAGAACGUGCCUGACAGGUUCUGGUACAAGUCCACAGGGCAGGGAAACAUUGACGCGCCAUCUUGCCAGCCCAAAGUUCCGCUAACGUCACCCAACAUUACUUACGUGAACACUGAGAGUCUUCUAGACGCAGUCUUCACUGUAAGAGGACUGUUCGCGCAGAACAGCCAGUAUCGGGCGAUGUUCUCCUUUACGGGUGUGGACGGCAAGCAGAGCAUCACGACUAGCUGCUCCAUGGAGUCUGUGAACGCUCUGAACUGCAUGUUGCCCACCAAGAGAGCCUGGAACUUCGGAGUGAGGGCAAGCAUCUUGUCUAUCGUCGAAGUCAAUGGAGGUGUCGAGCAGUACCUGUGGAGCCGUGCUUGUCUUAUUGCCAUCUGUGGGUAUUUCGAUCGCAAUAGUCCUUAUCGAGUAGCGGACAAGCCCUGGUUCGUGUCGGCAGAUUGUUGCAAUGUUGCCAACUGCGGUCCUUUCUCCACCACCAAGGAUCAGUGCUCCUGCACGACUAACUUGAUGUACUCGAACGCAAUCUCAGGCUCCAUCACUUACAUAUACAUGAUCUCGCACUCCAAGUCCCUGGCGCUUCAGAGCGACGGGUCGCUGACCAGGAUCCAAAACAUUGCGCAGACCAAAGACAACUCCGUGGCUUCAUGGAUGGACUUUGGGGUGUUCGAUGACGUCCAGAGGCCUUUCAGCUCCUACUCAUCGCUGCUCAUUCUCGGGAGCUCCAACAUCAGGUUUGAGACGAUCGGCAGCAGGGACUACCUGUUCGGGGUGAACUUUUGGGAUGGUCUACAGCAUGAGACCCUGUCACCGAUCUUCGAGGUGAAGAGGACGGGAACUUCGUAUCUGCUUUCCCAUGUCCAGAGCAUUCCCACUUCUGCUCCACGGGACAUCGUCUUGUUCAAGUUCCAGGAGGUACAGUACGUGGUAGUGGUCAAUUACAACUCCAACAGCAAGAUCUUGAAAUGGAAUGGCCCCUUGCCGGUUGAUAACAUUCAAGUCAUGGACAGAGGACGCGGGUACAUCAAUGGCGACCUGAGAAUGUUCUGCAAGCAGGGAAGUGCAGGCGACGCUUGUCGUAUGCGCACAGGGUCAACCAACAUCAACUCGUUCAAGGGAAGCUUCGUCGUAGACGGGUCUGUGACAAGUGGCUUCUUGGGUACGAUCACAAAUGUGAGUAUCGAGCAGACGGAUGCUUACUUGCCCGACUUUGACAUCAAACCGGUUUACUCCAACACAUUCCAAGUGAUGGACGAUUCGAUCACCUCGUUCAGGGUUGUCAAACCUACCAAGUUCUGUUGGCCUCGGCUUAUUCAGACGGUGGAAGUGAUAGGAAACUCAACUAUCGGUUGCUCAAACACCUCGCAGUUCGUGAUGAAUCUGACGGCUUUGAAUCGCAAGGACGUCAAGCAGGGGCUUGUCGUCAACGUUAAGAGUGUCGACUCCAACGGUACCAUCCUUGAACUUGAUGUCCCGAAUGUCUCCAUGGCCUGUGAGCCUCUGCUGCUCCCUCUGGACUCCAAGACCUGCCGAUGCCUCCUGGGAGACUGGCGCAACUGUCUCCGCCUCUCACCCUCCAUCGACUCCUUCCAACUCGGAUCUGUUGAGCCUGGCGGCUUCCAGGCCCAGGUGACCCUCGACAAGAGCGCCGUCAUGGCGGGGUCGAAGCUGCUUAACCAUGGGCAAGGCUACCUCGCCGAUCCUACUUUGAAAGUUUCCCUUCCCAACGACGCAACCUGGGACCCAACACUAGCGACCUGCCUCGGUAGCAGCCUACAAGAAUGCUUCGGGUUGGUGAGGGCUCAAGGCUCCUACAAGUGCAACGGAGGAGACAAACACAACUUUCCUUGCUUCACCUUGGGCAACGACCCUCUGUGUCAAGGAAAUUCGACCUACGAUAACGUUGUCUACUGGGAGAACGGAGUGUGUGCGGUGACGAAGAAAGCGCUAGUGAUCGCUGCUCCUGUCAUAGACGCUCCUUCUCAGGCUGCUCCGAGAUACUUCAGCCAGCAAGACGAAUCUUGGACACCCUCGCCGGUGGUAAGCAGACUCAGUCCGGUCAACCUCAAUGACGAGCUGAAAAUCCCGGUGGUUGGGGCAUCGGGCCUUGCAAUCUUCGAGCAGCCCGACCACUACCUCCUCUUCUUCUCCUUGUACUUGGACCCCCUCACCAACAGCUACGGCACGCUCCCCCAAGUCUUCAAGUUCUUCGACUUCUCCUCCAUCCAGCAGGUGGACCAGUCCCACCUCUCGCUCAUCCACGACGUUUACAGCGUCAGCACUACCUCGAUCCCUACCUGUCGCCAAGUGUGCAGCAUCAACAUCGGCGUUGAGAUCUGCGAGCCUAUCUGCACCGACUACGUCCUCUACGUCUUCUACGCCAGUAUCGCCUUCGGCGAUUCGGUCUUGUACCAGUGGAAUGCAGCUUCUUCAGAGCUCCUUCCCAUCCAGUCUCUCGGAGUUCAAGGCGUCAUGACAGCCAGGCCGUUCGCUCUCUUUGGCAGCAACUACCUAGUCGUCAACCUGCAGGACCAGUCCUCCAUCAUGUACAGGUGGAACGGAACGCUCUUCCUCCAGUCCAACGACAUCAACACCCUCCCCAAGGACGUGGCAGGCGGUCAAAUCCUGACAACCACCUCCUGCGACUCUCUCGUGAUUGACACGCCCAACAACGUCUCGUUCUUGCUGGCAGGCAGCUGCGACGGGCAGUCGUCUAAGUUGUACCGCUCACGAGUAGAGAGGGUUACUGGGAUGCAGGUGCCGGUCAAGGUGGCCAUCAAGGAUGUGUCAACUAGCAAGUCAUUCGUGUACGUGGCGAGUUAUGACAGUCAAUCGAUCGCGCUGUUCGAGUACUCCAGCACCUUCUACUACAAGUCGACCAUCUCGGGGCUGCUUAACCCGAACAUGAACGGACUGAGCGACAUCGAGGUGUCCGGCAGCCUCCUGUACUGCAUCAGCUCAUUGGGGGAAGGAGAUGGAGCAAUCCAUAUCUUCUCCAUCAGUUCAGAAGGAACUCUGUCCCUUGUGACCACCGUGAGAGCGUCCGACGCUGAGCACGGGCUCCGAGGGGCUCGUGCGUUCGCCAUCUCCAACAGCUACCUGUUCUCAGUCUCCCUCUUCGACAAAGCCGUAACUGCGUUUAAAGUGCAAGGCAACGGCUUGCAGUACUUGGAUCACGUCUACAGCGGCGAGAGGUUGAUAGAUCGUUUCCCUUCCCCUCCCCCUCUCUACACCAGCAAGACAGUGUCAGAGCCAAUCGGGCAACCAGUUGAAUGGUUGUCAGGCUCGUUUCCUGCUCGAUUCAGUGAUGGCUAUCCCUGGAGCAGUCAUGCCUACACAGCCAAGAUGUGUCAGAUCGAAGACAAGACUUUGUUCUUCGUGGUCCCCGGGCAGUUUGGCGACCAGACCCCGGGCCCUGUGCUGAUCUACCAGUGGAAGAACGGGACAUUUGUGAAGCUUUCGGAGUUCUCCUCCGAGCUUUCAGCCACCGACGUUGCCUGCAUAUUCGAUUACGACUCUGAGGGCGUCGGCUGGAACUUCAUCGUGAUCUCGGACGACCUUGGGGCAUCGAGGAUGUACAGGUUCAACCCGACACUGCAGAAGUUCUACUUGUUCAACACCCUCCCCAAGAGCUUGCCGGGGGGCACCUCGAUCCCUCCUGCAUGCGGCGCCGACGGCUCCUGCUCCUCGUCCAACGAGUUCGUCAUCCCCGGCAUAGACCGACCUGUUCCUCCCUGGACAGGCAACCCGCACGACUCGAUCCGAAGGCUUCACGAGUUCAAGAUCGAUGACGUCAGCUACUUGGCUGCUGCUAGCUGGUGGCCGGACACCGGCAACGGGUACUCGUGGUUCUCGUACCUCUACCGUUGGCAGGCGUCCGGCUUCACUCAGGUGGCUGACAACACGACGGCCAAGGCGUCUGGGUUCGCAACGUUCCAACUUCUGGAGACUGACGGGGCCAACGACGUUAGCACGAUGACGGUUAGCCAGCCGUGUGACUCUGACCCGACGGUGACUUGCUCGAUCGACUUGCUGCUGGUGGUCAACUACGGCAGCGUCUCUAACGCCUCGGUCAACGUCUACCGAUAUUCCAGCAGCGGCCUCAACAAGUUCACCGGCAACCCCGGCGCCUUCUACAGCAUCCAGGUGAUCCCUGGAAAGGCCAUGACGGGGGUGGAAGCGUUCAGUGUGAAUGGGAAGGAUUACAUAGCCAUCUCGAUGCAGUGCGGGAGUUCGGGGGUAGCUGGAUGUAACCCCAUCUCGAUCUAUGAGUGGAAGCAGAAGCAGUUUGACUUGUUCUACAACCAUGUUUCUUCCAUGUCGCCCAUCACCGAUGUCACGGCCCUCAGGUUCUUUGCCUGGGCAGGAGAAUACUACCUCGCCUUCGCACAAACCAAGUGUCUGCUCCUCAACACGAGUUCUUGCGAAUGCAAGGCAACCCCGUGCGUUGAGGUUCAGAGCGGCGUUCUGCAGUGGAACAGGAUCUCGAAAAAGUUCGACGAGAUGCUCUCCUUGACGGACGCCACCAACGUCAGGCUCAGGGGCGUUCCGGUUCCCGACUCCUUUCUCACGCAGCACAAGCAAGCCCUCAGGUUCCCCAUAGGUUACGUUCGCUCCAUCAACUUGGCGAUAGUUGACGGCAUCAUGCUCCUGCUCUACUCCAGCUUGACCCAAGGAGCCGUCAGCGUCGAGUGGGACUUCCCAGAGAUCGUGGGAUUCAACGGGCUGCGAUCGAUUGUGGCCGACACAACAGCGUCGGUUGUCUACGCCGUCGCAUCGGAAGACUCGGCGCUUGUAGCCCUCAAGUUUCAAUCUAACAGCCUUAAGUUCAUCCAGACAUGGUCGCAGGACCCACUGCCCAUGAGCCGCACCCUCUUCUCCUUCUGGCAAGGCAUCGUCGGGCUCAAGGGCGUACAGGACGUCUCCUUGUCCAGUGACAACGAGCUGCACGUGCGAGCGUCUCCUCCCAAGGGAGAGUCGCUAUGCAGGAGGGAGAGGAUCUGGCCGGGAUGGGCCCUCCCGUUCAGCACUGAGUUCUCACAGCCCCUCCCUUGCCAGCUCGUCACCUUCACCGUGACGCAGAUCUCGACGAGCAACGAGAACUUGUUCAGCCUGUCUCCCUACAUCACCAGCGACGGCCUCCUGGUGUUCGAAACGGCCCAGGGGGAGAACGGAGAGGCUCUCUUCUCCGUUUCCUUGCAAGACGACGGGCUCGCCAACGGAUGGGUCGCCUACUUCGAUCCGAUCUUCUACUCCGGGAGGGCCUACACCCCCCAAGUCCUGCAGCUCCUCCCCGCCGGCGAGUUCGUUUCCAAGGUCUCACACUUCAAGGUGGUGGUGGAUAGCAGGAACAGCGCGCCAUACUUCACAGCGACGCCGAUCCAGGUGGUUCAGGGAGACGUGAGCCACUCGGUUGUCUUCACUUCCCAGCUGAGCGCCGGCGCCCAGAACGAGUUCGACCAGGUCCUCACGUUCACGUUCUCGUGGAAUUUCAGAGAUUUCUCUGCUGGGAAACAAUGCAAGGAGCAAGACGCCCUUCUCAGCUCGUUCACCGUCUCUCCGACCGUCGACAACCUUGCCAUCUGCAAGCAGAAGUGCGUCCAGGCCAACUGCAGGUACCUCACAUACAACCCCGCGUUGGGGAGGUGCUACUCUUCGUCCGUGUGCAGUCUGGUAACUUCUACUGCGAGCACAGCUGUCUUGCUGUAUCCAGGAGGAUUCUUCAAGGAGGCCCUGAAACUCGAUGUGGUCAAGAAUACAACAGCGACUCUUCUCUACGGAGUUGCCAGCUUCACUCCCUUCCCCGAAGCACGGGGAGUGUUCACGUUGCAGGCGACGGUGUCGGACAACGGGGGUCAGUCAGUGCUAACUGGGAGCAAGAACACUUCGGCCCCUCAGCAGAUCACGCUGACAAUCAUCUCCAAGAACAAUCCUCCCACCUUCGACCUGCCCCAACAGGUCCAGGUUCAGGCGAACUCAGGUCAGAACCUUGUUACCGAGUUCCUCUCGAACGUGAGCGCUGGGAUCAACGAGUGCCUCUGCGGCUUCUCCUGCCUCUACGACAUCUCCAUCACCCCCUGCCAGAUCGUCUCCUUCACUGUCGUCUCUGUCUCCGCGGGCAGCAUGACCUUCCCACCCUCGUACCUGUUCUCUGCUUCCUCCUUCGACACUGCCACAGGAAGCUUCUCCUUCUCCCUCGUCCCUCACAUCUCCGGCGUCUACAAGGUGUCCCUGGCUGCCACCGACAACGGUGACGCCAUUCUUGGAGGGCCGGAGGUGGGAGGCAUCAACAGGACGAUCCAAGAUUUCAGCAUGAGCGUGCUGCUCGUCAACGAACGGCCCACGUUCUCCGUGCCGACCCAGGUCCUCGAGAUCGUCGAGUCAACGUCGAGCGGAGUCAGGUCGGGAGGGAGUUACUUUAACAUCCAGUCGGCGGGCUCGGGGAAUCCGGAGAUUGACCUGUUCUUCUCAGUCAACAUCACAGUCCUUGACAUCUCCUGCUUCCUCCCCUCCGGCCGGCCGCUGGCUUGCUCGUCUCUCUUCGAGAGCUACCCAGUCUUCGACGCCAAGGGGGGAGUCUCCUUCGUCUCCUACCCCAACUCCCACGGCAACGUGACCCUCACUGUCCUCAUGGCCAACACGGGCCCUCUGCCUCCCGGAGGCUUCGCGACGUCCCUUGCCUACGUCUCCAUCCUCAACAUCAACAAGCCGCCCAGGUGUGACUUUCUCCAGCGUUACCUCAUGGUCGAGGACGCUGGGCCCACGAUCAUCAGCAACUUCGUGCAGAACGUGCAGCCUGGCCCGGCCAGUGAGAGUUGGCAGACGGUCUUUAUACGAGUGCAGGCGGUCGACGAAUCUCCCUCCUCCUUCGUGGUGGCCCCAAUCGUGGACUCCAACGGAAACCUCUUCGUGCACCUUGCCCCCUACUUCUUCGGCACAGCAACCUUCCAGGCUGUUUGCCAGGAUGACGGAGGGAGUUUGAACGGAGGGAACGACCAGUCCGUUCCUGUCAAGGUUCUGAUCAAGAUUCUCCCGCGUCCGAGAAUCUUCUCGGUAGCAACUGAAACCUCCACGACUCCAGGGAGCUCUCUGAUGGUGUACGGUCGUUACUUCUCCUAUCAGCUCUCCGACGUUUGCGAGCGUUCGAGUGUGCGCACCAACAUCUACAUCGGCCAGCAGCCCUGCGGGCAAACGACUGUCGAGGGGGAUGAGGCCUGCCGUUGCGACUUUCCGCCGGUCAAGUUCGGAGUCAGCGACCUGCUCGUCGUCGCCGACAUCCGUUGCGACGCUCUCAACUCAACUGUCAACGUCACAGUGACGGGGGUAGGCAACGGCUCCUUCGUCAAUCCGCUCUUCCUUGCUGCUGGUCUCAACUACUUCGGCCUUGGGUCCAACGAGUACCAGCCUACCCUUUGCAACUCCUCCUGCUCCGGCAACAACACCUCAAUUUUCAACGAGACCUGCGUCCUGUGCUCUGACAACUCGACUGUGCUCGCACCUCCCUCCUCUUCAGGUUUCCAAACUUCCAAACAAGACGUCGCGCGCGUUCAGAAGUCCAACCUACCCAUCGAGGGAGUGGUCAGAGCUGCGUGUGUAGCCAAUCGAACGGUCUAUCUCGGUGGGAGUUUCUCGAGGGUCUCUCAGAAACGGAUCGAGUAUGCAGUCCGAUGGGACCUGCAGCAAGACAUCAACAACGCCGAUGUUGCUGUCAAGACGCUCGCAAGAGGGGUCAACGGAGCUGUCAACGCCAUCAGCAGCUAUGCGGGCUGGAUUGUCUACGGAGGAAGCUUCACCUUUGCUCUUCAGACUCACGGCAACCCGUUACGUAGCGGCGGGCUGGUGGCAUGGAAUGAGAUGAAGGAGGAGUGGUCGUUGGUGGGGAGGAGCAAGCUCAACGGCAACGUCGAGUCGAUGGCGGUGUUCCGAGGGCAGCUGAUCGUGGGAGGAAAGUUCAAGACGCUAGCCGGCCUGAACGUGAACAACGUGGCGUCCUAUGAAGGCGACGUGAGCAGCUGGAAUGGAUGGAAGACGUUGGGGGGGGGCAUACCCAACGGGCAGAUUUCAGCGAUGAUAGCAGAUGAGAACAUGCUCUACGUCGGCGGAGACUUUAUGUUCAAGGGGAACUUGUCGUCGAGAAACAUCGCUCAGUGGGACGGUCAGGCCUGGAGUGGCUUGCAGGACGAGGCCUGCCUGCGCCGAUGUGCACGAACAAGUGACCAUGUGGCGUGCGAGUCGGAGAACUGCGAGCUCAACGGCCCCGUCAGCUCUCUCGCCGUGGCUGGAGGGUCUCUCUUUGUUUCAGGGCUCUUCACGACGGCAGGGGGGAAGGAGGCGAUGCAUGUAGCUCGCUACCGUGACAGGGCCUGGCUGAGCAUCGGGGCCGUCGAGGGCUCAGUCUUCUCCCUCAUGAUCCAGGCAUCCUUUCCAGCAGCAGCCCAGGACGAGCAGCAGAUCCAGGACCCCUCGUUCCCUGCCUUCUGCCUCCUGGUGGGCGGCUCCUUCUCCUCCGUCCGGACCAACAGCAGCGUCCUUGUCACCAACAACCUUGCACGGGCCUGCUUCCGGUCCUCCGACAUGUGGGACUGGGAUCGAGUGUCACUGGUGGCCGGCGGAGAUGUGAUACAGUUCCUGGCGAUGGUGUGA